AUGGAGCGAGUGUGGGCACUAUGCAUGGACGUGGACCUGCAGGCGCCAACCGACAUCACCGUCAAUGCCCUCGGCACCAUGGGUGACAGAGCUGGCGGGGGCCAGGCCACAGGUAGCAGUGCUGGCGGAAGUGCCACCGCUGUCCCCAGCACCCAUGGCGGCAGCACCACCGGCAGCCACACCGGUGGAGGCCAGCCGAAUGGUGACAGCAACGGCAAAGAGCAACAAGGCAACGGCAGCCCCGGGGGUGCUGAAUACUCAGUCGCCGAACUUGCGGCAGCACAGCGCCUGCACUGCCAGUAUGGUCACCUCAGUUACCAUGUACUGGAGCAGCGGAUCAGCAAGCAGCUGGUGCAGGGACCACAGGUCACUCCAGCGGCACUACCACCUGGCCACCGACAUGCAAUCAUGAUAGGAAUGAGCGGGAGCCAAGGGAAACAUUUAAAAGCAUGA